GUUCAGCUGAAUAGCUGCGCCACUCCAUUUGUCUUUGCUCAAAACCGCUCGUCAGACGACAUGUGAGCGGACGGCACAGCUGUUCUCGCGCCCCCCUCGUGUUGUCGUAAAGAACACGAGGCACUGUUUGUUCUGGCUUGGGAUGGUGGGCUACUCACUCUUGCCUGUUUCGGAGUGGGCGAUAUGGCCCCCAGUGGCCACACUCAGAAUCAGAUAUAUACUGCGCAACCCUUGGCAACCGCACUUUGCACUUCUUCCCUAACCACAACAAUGCUCUUCCGCAAGUCAUCGCCCGCCUCCAAGGCAUCCCCCAAAUCUCCCGUGGCGGUCGAGCACGGAAGCAACACGUUCAACUCCUCCGCCAUAUACACCAAAAUCAAACGUUCCGCCAGGGCCCUGUUCAAGAAACUCAGUCACCCUCGCUCAUCUCAGACCUUCAAUUCCAUUACUCGAUGCGCCGAAAACAUUCAAGACAUCAUCGGAGAAGAAUCUUCCUCCCAAAACGCGAAGUGGCAGAUUGUGGCAAACUCAACCAAUGUGGCUUCCGGCCCCCGAAUCUCUUUCUCGGUUGGUCUUCACCUGUGGCAGAAGUCCAAUAGCCUCUACACCCUCAUCGACACGUUAUCAUCGCGUUCGACGCGUCUCGACCCAUCAAUCAUGCCCAUCAGAGACAUUCCAUCCACCCAAGAUGGUAUGCCACAUUUCCGAACAUCCACGUGUUCAACGCGCCCAGAGCUCUCUAUCAUCGCAAGUGUGGCCACCUCAUUUAUGAGUGAUGUCUUACCGCCAUGCCCACAACCAUCGCCGGCUCUUUCGACGCGUUCAACAUGCUCGGAUACGUCGGGCGAUUCUAUCGUGAUUGUCUCACACGAAGAUGUUGGCAUUUGCCGUCCCUCCUCACCGUCCGUUAUGGUACCUGGUGCCCUGGCCUUGCCCUCAUCGGAGCGCCUGGUCUCUGCUCAGGUCAAUUCGCAUGCAGCGGGUGGACGACCCAAUGCUUGUCUACAACAGUCCGAUGUCCCUUCACUUGAAUUGCCCCUCAUCCCGUCGCUAAGCAGUAACGAUGGCACCUCUUCUGAUGGCGAAAGUUCAACGACGCUUGCAUCAGACGAGGGCGGUCCGUCACCUAAGGUAUCCGUUGAGUAUGUGUUCCCAUGUCCAGUCGCCCAGCCCGAUGAGUAUGUCGCACCCUUCGAAGAACGGAAUGAUUAUAUCGACCGCGACGUUGGCCACGACGACGACGAUCUGGUGUCCGACGACACUGACUCUCUUGAUGGUAACGAGGAUGCGUGUCUCGACGAUGAAGGGCAGGCCGCCUGUGAUCUGUUCCUCCGAAACGGGGAUACCACCUACAAACUACUGACAACACUUGGAAAUGGCGCAUGUGGCCGUGUGGUGCUUGCGGAGACCGACGACGGACAACAGGUUGCCAUCAAGGUCACUCCGAAGCUCAAGCAAUACCGCUAUGCAUGUGGUCGCGAUCUAAUUUUGCAUGAGAAGCGAGUUAUGGAGACGGCAAAUAAUGUUGGAAGUCGCUACUUGAUGCAAUUAAUAGCGUCGUGGGAAGAUAAGAAGUUCAUUUACUUCGUCAUGAAGGCGUAUCCUGGCUCGCUGAGAUAUCGGCUUGCGUCCGUGGCGUUGGAUCCUAUGGAAGCUAAGUUGCUCUGCGCGGAGAUGGCAUAUGCAGUCAAGGAGCUCCACGAUAGCCGUACGAUCCAUCGUGAUAUCAAGCCGGACAACUUCUUGGUCGACGAUGAGGGCCAUCUAGUUCUAGGAGACUUUGGGUACUCGUACACGCCCAAGCCUCACUACAAGUUCGAAAAAGCCAAAACCUUCACAUCCAUUGGUACGCCCGGGUAUGCGGCACCGGAUGCUAUUGUGUCUGGGUCUAAAGGCUACACCUACACCAUCGACAUUUUCAGUCUGGGGCUGGUCUUCCUAGAGGUGCUGGGGGGGUUGCAGAUGCCAUAUUAUCGUGCGCCUACCUUGCAGGCACAACUCGAUGUGAUGGACGCGAAGCAUCUGGAAUUGGACCUUGAGACUGUCAUCGAAGAUGCGCAGGCUAGGGAUCUCGUGCUCAACAUGCUAAAUACCGAUUCUACUAAAAGAUGCUCAUCGAGUGCCGUUCUAUGCCAUCCCUUCUUCGACGACAUAGAUAAGGAAAAACUCGCCAAUCGCGAGCUCUCUUAUCCGCGCAAGCCAGUCUUCUACAGUCUCCCCAAGCAGUCUGUCAAGUUGUCGUUCUCGACUUUCUAUGGCGGUUUAGACUCCACCUACGACGAUUAUCACAAGGAUGAAGACGGCCGGCUACUAUAUAACGAUAACACCGCCCGACAACUCAUCAUUGGCGGUGAUGACGAUUUCAAGUUCCCCCGCUGAGCUCGAUACAUUACCAGUAGAUUUUCGCUUACAUUCCCAUCUAGAGAUUAGCUUACUGGAUUUCUGCUUCAUCUGUCAUCAAUGCAUCGUACUCCGGCCUCUCGCAAUGUUGUCCCACCAUUAUUUCAACCAUGCACUUCUUUCAUCGCGCUGUGUACAAUCAUAUAGGUUUUGCGCUGCUUGUAUUCACCAAGAUCCCUCUGUACUCUAUCAAUACACACAACUGGAACGGAAUGGAAGUCAUUUCUUAGCGGAAUAUUC